GAUACAGGAAAUCCUCGCUCGUCCCGAGUGUCAGGUCACGGUUUAACACUCUCAGAUACUCGUGAAGAGAAUGUAGUGUUGCUCCAUGAUUUUUUUUAAACCACAAAAUUCAUUUGUAAAGUUAUUAACAGUCAUUAAUGUUCGCGUAAAGGACGGUGCCGUGGAACUAAGCUGUCUACGGCUUCUUGCCUGUUCAGCGGAUUAACAUUAGCUAAGCUAGCUGUUAUUAAUGCUGUCAGUGAAAAGUUGAACUGAGGCGAUUGAGUUACGCAGAUUUGGGCAUAUUUUGUGCUCUGCUCUGGAAGCUUUUACAGAAAUGCAAGUGACGGACUUUUACGUGUCAGCUCCUGGAAAGGCGAUCCUACACGGAGAGCAUGCAGUCGUUCACGGAAAGGUGGCUCUUGCUGUGAGCUUAAACUUGAGGACAUAUUUGCGAUUGAAAACCACUACUUUUGGCAAGGUUUGCAUCAACCUGCCCAAUAUCGACACAUUCCUCAGCUGGGACCUUUCACAACUGAAGCAGCUUGUUACUUACUUCCAAGGUAAGAGGGAUGAGGUGCAACGCCUGGAUGCUGAACUUGUGAGGAGACUGCGGGAAUUUAUUGGUGUAACCAAUGGAAGCUUGGAUACUUGCAGCAUGGCCACCUUAUCCUUCCUUUAUCUCUACCUGUCGCUCUUUGGAUCAGGUGAGCUGCCCAGUUUGACGCUGACUGUGUGGUCAGAGCUGCCGACUGGAGCGGGACUCGGGUCAAGUGCCGCCUACUCUGUGUGUUUAGCUGCAGCUCUGCUUUGCGCAAGUGGAGCCAUCCCCCCUCCUCUCAAAGAGUGGGAACACACUGCCAGGUGGUGUCAGGAGGAACUGGAGCUAAUCAACAGUUGGGCUUUCCAAGGGGAGAUGAUCAUCCACGGUAAUCCUUCAGGAGUGGACAAUGCUGUAGGAACGUGGGGCGGCAUGCUCAGAUUCUUGGCUGGAAAGAUAAUACCGCUGAGCAGGGUGCCGUUAUUAAGAAUCCUCCUCACUAACACCAAAGUACCACGAAGCACCAAGGUACUUGUUGCCGGGGUGAAGGACAAAAUUAACAAGUUUCCAUCCAUCAUGGUACCUGUUCUUGACUCAGUUGAUGCCAUUUCCUGCACUUGUGAAAAGGUCCUCUCAGAGAUGACCUGCGAGCCCAUCACAGGAGAGCAUUACAAUAUUCUAGAGGAACUCAUUGAUAUCAACCAGCACCAUCUGAAUGUGAUGGGGGUGGGGCACCCUGCCCUGGACAGACUUUGCCAGGUCACACUGGCCAAAGGGCUCCACAGCAAGCUAACAGGUGCAGGGGGAGGAGGCUGUGGCAUCACGCUUCUGAGACCAGAAACCGACUCCGUGAUCGUCCAGAGUACAGUGCAGGAGUUGAAAGACUGUGGCUUUGACUGCUGGGAAACGAGCAUUGGUGGGCCAGGUGUCCAGCAGCAUUCGGCCAUUUCUGUUAAGGAGGAAAUUCUGGAGAUUUUAAAUCACUACUAAGACUCACCCGUGGCAGUGUCUGCGAAGGAGGACAGAUGUAAUAGUGGGCUUUUUAUUAUCUCAAGACCUGAGGUAUACUGAACUAAUAAAGGAGGCCGAAUGGACCAAGGAGCAUUUCAAUCUGGGCAGGGUGGGGUGGGAUGGGGCGGUCUAAUCUCUCUUAAAUCUGUGACGAUUUAACUAUGUUGUGUUUUGGGUAACAUUUCUUAUUCAGUGAAAAUGUACUCACGGUUUACGAGCCUGUGCACUGACAUCUAAGUCCAGUAGGUGGCAUCAGAGUUGCACAAAUGCUUCUUUAUGGAAGGAGAGUUGCAGAAGACGCCACUCAUAAAAUUGACUGAUAUGGAAGUGAAACACUGGCAGGAUUAAGUUAUAUUUUCUUCCAAAUGCUUAAAGCAGUAGGGGUCAGUAUAUUUUAGUACAUUAAAAGAUCACCAAUCCUGAAAAACUCCUCCUCUAAUACAAUGUUGUUGUGAUGACGAUAAGACAUUAUUUUACAAGAACAAAGUCAAACUCAACAGAUUUCACUCUCAUGAAAUAUUUAAAAAUAAUGCAAACCAUUUAAAAACCUCUGAAUCCCAUCAUGCACUGCUGCGUUGCUCUGAAAUUUUGGUGUGCUAAAAUGUAUUCUAAUUAUGCUAAAACCAAAGAAUUUGAUGUGAUUUCAGUUGUUUCCUUGUUGAGAUCAUCUAUAAUUUCUCCAGCACUUUGGUAAAAUGUCACUAUUUUAUGCUCUGUUAGUUUUUGCAGUGAAAGGCUAACCGGCUGUGUUGUUUUGCUAAUACAGAAUGGGGAAAGAGGGAAAGCAGGAGUGUGUGACUUUCUCUGGAGCCUCUGGAUUAGCACUACUAUAAUGUGAAUCAAUGACGAGUGUCCUUCUGAGUCACACGUUUGUGCUGACGCGCAAACACACACACACACACACACACACACACACACACACACACACACACACACACACACACACAAACCAGCUUUCCCAAAUUCUUCUCCACCUAAUCGCUCCCUUGAAAGCAUUACAGAGUAUUCUGCAAAUGUCGCAGAUGGAGAAGACGGAUCUGUUUAGAAUUUCCCUGAUUUGGGGAAAAGGUCAUUGGGGGAUUCAGUUGAGUUUGAAUAUCUAUUUCAUUUUCUGCUUUUUUUUUUGUAAAUGUCACAAAGAUUGAGUAGUACAAAUCUGGCACCGUGCGUGAAUAUACGACAUUUGUCACCCUCCCUCCUUUUUCUGCCUGGCGCCCCCUCUGUCCUCUUGAAUUGUGUCAUCUUUGUCAGGGCAGCCCCCCGUCAGCGUGCCGCACAGUUGCCCCUAACCCCUGCUGGAAUUUAAUUACCACUGCGCUUUUCAAUUGAAAUGGCAUUGACGAGGAGGGGAGGGGGACAAGAGCGAGACAACGGAGCCAGUUUUAUUUGAAGCCCCUCUCUUUCUUUUCUGUCUCAUUCUCUUUCGCUCCUUUUAGACCUGCGAGGCACAGAUGGUAUUUUUUUUUAUAUCAGUGUCAGCGCCUGCUUCUUUCUGCUCUGAUGAAUAGAAUCUAAGGAGGAGGCCUAAGAUGAUUUCAGAUAACAGAGGGAGUGAGGAAGGGGGUCAAGGAUAGAAGGAGAAUGUCAGAAUUAGAGAGAUACAGUGGAAAAAACGUGCGCUGUGCCCGCAGCGAGGAGCGAGAUGUACAAACCAUUUAACAUUUAACAUUUUGAGGGGUUUUAGGGAGUUUUGUCUGUGUGGAUCAAUGUGAUAGAAUCUGGGAUGAAUAAUUCAUUCUGUCCAAGCAGGAGGAAUAAAAUGCUAAAUGUGAAUUUGCUGAGUGGUCAUGCACACUGUGGCACAUUCCCUCUGGUCCCCGGUCGACUGGUGAAAUGCUUGUCAGGAGCCAUUAAGUUUGAAUACAGAAUUAGACCUGACUGACAAGAUAUCAUGUUGAUGUCUACUGGUUUCGCCAAUGGGGAUUUAGUGUAUGACUUCCCACAGCGAACGUCUGCAUUUGCAUAUAUAGGCGUUUGGAUCACAGUUUGUUAUUGGGUUGUUAUUAUGGGAAACGUCUUGUGCUGAUUGAAUUAUAUGUCUUCAUAUCUUUAAAAGAGGAUGUGGAAUUGGCACACAGCAGGAAAUAUCUGCGCAACCCUCCUCUGCCCAGCAUUCAAAUGAACACAAUGACAGAGACAGAAUCAACAUCAUGAUGAUCCUCUCUGUCACGAUGAGCUGUAUGACCCUCCUGGGGGUGUUUGCCCUUUUGCUAAGUCGAGGUCGGUGGCCGGUGUUCUCAGCAGGGGUCCGAUUAAGGCAGCAUGGUGCGGAAGGGCCGUCGAAGAUCUCAGAGGAUUCAGGUUUACAUUCACCAAUAUGUCAAGAAGUGCUUUUAGUCCUAACUCUUUAAUUAAAUGAUUAACUUUUUCAAAAAGCAUGAUGAACAACUAAGACAGUUUUUUCAUUAUUGAUAAAUUAACCCAAUGCAUAAUUAAAAACACUUUGUUGCUACA